GCUGCUAGCGCUGGGACCGUCUCUCUCCCUCUUCAUCUCCGUCAUCUCCAGAAAGCCCUUCUUGAUCCUUGUCCUGCUUUCCAGUACGCUGGUGUGGCUGAUAAGUUUGAUAGCUCUGUCAGCACUCUGGAGGGGUUUCCUUCCUUUGAAAUCGACGAUAUGGUGGCCGUACGCAAUUCUUAUAGUCACAUCCAUUGCCUUUCAGGAGGGUCUUCGUUUGAUUUUCUGGAAAGCUUACAAGAGGCUAGAAGGCGUAUUGGAUGCUUUUGCUGACAGACUCUCAAAGCCACGGCUGUUUCUAACAGAUAAGAUGCUAAUUGCUCUAGCUGGUGGUUUAGGUCACGGAUUGGCCCAUGCUGUGUUCUUUUGUCUAAGCCUCUUAACACCAGCAUUUGGUCCAGCAACUUAUUUCAUUGACAGGUGUUCGCAGAUCCCAUUCUUUCUGGUUUCUGCAAUCAUUGCUCUUGCCUUUGUUACAAUUCACACUUUCUCAAUGGUCAUUGCAUUUAAUGGAUACAGUGAAGGAAAUAAAGUGGAUCAAUUUUUCGUUCCCUUAGUUCAUUUUGUGGCAGGAAUGAUGACUCUGAUAAAUUUUUCCACUGGUGGCUGUGUUAUUGGGAUUCCUCUUCUGUAUCUUAUGGCUGGCAUUACCUUAAUGCAUUGCUGGAAGAUGGUGUGGAGAAGAUUAGAAGAAAACCAGAGGCAGGGUAGUUCAUGAUAAACCACCACAAGCAUACUAGUUUUUAGUUGAUUGUUGUUUCUGUUCUGUAAAAGUGGAAGACAUACAAGGGAUGAUGAAUAGACUUGAAAACAUGUACCCAAAAAUAGAUUUAGUUGAAAACCUCAGGUAUCAUAUCUGUAGGUGCUCGUUCCAAGUCUGACCUUUGUAAUUUGCCAAGUACUUAUGAAGGUCUACAUAAUGCUUCUGGGCAUGAAUAUAUUGUUUGUGAUAAUGGUGUGGGAGACCGUGAAUGAUAAUUUCCUGAAUGGCAUUUACUUUUCUUAUUUAUUUUUCUGCAUGCAAUAUCGCAUUAUCCUUCUUGUUUCCCUUUUACAUAACCAAAAAUAAUAUUACAUUAAAAAA